AGAUGGGGGCUCCCCAGACGUGUAGAAGAAUCCCUGAGGCAGCUUAUGCCAAACCCACCAUUGUAUUACCAGUCUGAGAAUAUUUCUCAGGUCUCCGUUCAUAGUUUUGAAACCAUUUCCCAUGAGACCUUGUGUUCAUGUAUGGCCAGCCAACCCAUCCAGACCUUCUGGGUUUCUGAAUGGUCCAUAAUGAACCCAGAAGAAAGACAGUACUGUGAGCAAAUCCCAAACCCUAUGGCUCUAGCCUUGCCAUCUCCAGACCUUAAACUCCUAAGUGGCUUCUAUCCACUGCCUGGAGGCCAGGCUAGUGACUUGGGGAGCCACCUGCAGAAGAAAUACAGCCAGCUAUUCUGUGGCCUCCCUUCUCUGCACAGUGAGUCUUUGGUUGCCACUUUCUUGGGCUCCCAAGGACUCUCCAAGAAGGGGGAAAUGUCCAAGACCCCCAUGAAGGGCCCUUUCUUCUUCAAGGACCUCUCCUUCUUCCCCCUGCUACAUAAAACUCCACCCCUAUCAGCACCCCCCUCUUCCUCAUCUUCCCCAAAUUGGGUGUCUCCAUCUGACCAGCAACAAGCUGAGAUCAAAAUCCCAUUACUGACUCCAGCUGAGUGUGAAGCCUUGGAGUUGCACCUGCUAAAGAGGCAGCUCCAGAUUCAGUGGGGCUUUUCAGCUAUCUUUGAGGGAAGUCAGCAUGCCCAGAGCCCCAUGCAGUAUGAGCCCUGUUACAAAGCCCAGUCUCCUGAGAUGGUGAAAACUUCCUGGCCAGAGAAGCCUGUCUCAGUUCUCACCAGGGAACUAUUCUUCUUCCCGGAGCAUGCGCGGAGGCUACUGGAACGCCACCUCCAGAAGCAGCUAAUUCACCAUCGCUGGGGCCUGCCCCAGAAGAUCCAGCGGUCCAUUCGGUUGCUCCAUCCUUACACUGACCAACAGACUUUGUCCUGGAGCAGCAUAGCACUAGCCAGGAUGAACAUCCCACAGCCUACAGCCCUAGAGGCCAGUGGGAAUAGUGCUGUGUUCUCACCCAUCGUGGACCCAGCAUUCAUCCCCAUACCACAAUUUUUCGACCAGGCCAGGACAAAAUUGCAGAGGCACAUUGACUCCAAAUAUGGACAGAUCCACCAGGGCAAGGUUCCUACCUGUGUAUUUACCUCCUGGGACUGCAGAAUUCCUGCACAACUGGCAAUAACUGCCUUCCCCUGUAUUCCAGAAAGCCAACCCCUGGAGCCACAGGCAGCAAGUGACCCUGACCUACAUAACAAAGUUAUACCCUGGAUGCCAAAGGCCCUUGAUCAGCAGCAACAGGCCUUACCAGGUACUGUCACUGAACACCCCAAGCUGCCCAAAGCCUUGUCUGAGGGAGCCAAGGAGAAACUG